AUGACGAAGGGUGUCAUCCAAGCAACUGGGAUUGGCCAAAACCUAGAUGAGAAACUUCAGGCAUGCAUUGAGUCAAGGACUCAGGUUUCAGGCCAAGUGAUCAAGGCGACAGGCGAACUGCAGAGGAGCGCAGGUUGCAGUUCUGGUCUUAGACAACCCGGAUCUGCAGAUCGUCUGACAGGUUUUGAGCAGUUGAUCUCAGCCUUGCCAGGUUUCAAGCCCGGUGCGAAGCAACAAUUCGAAGGGAAACUGAGGCGAUUCGUUUGUGUUCCUGGUGUGGCGGCUGAGCUCGCUCGAAUCCGCAUGCUGGAGCGGGAGCAGAUCGCUUUGGAAGAAGCAACGAAGAGCAGGGCGGAGCUCCAAGAGGCCAUGUCGAAGAUGAGAGCAGAGCUGUCUGAGCGAGAAGAGAGGUUGCACCAACGGGAAGACGGUCUUCGAGCGAAGGAACUCGAGCUGGAAAAGAAAGCUGUGGAGUGGCAAGAAACUGCCCAAAGAAUGAUUGACGAAGAACGACAGCUUGAGACUGAAAAACUGCGAAACCCACUGCAGACCAGUGGAGGUGAAAGGCCAGCCUUUCCAGAUGAUGGUUUGAGAAGAGAUUUGUGGAUAAACGCAGUCCAAAGAUUGCAGGAUGAGAUCUUGUCUGGAUUCAGCUCGGACGAUAGUUCCGUGGAACAAAAGGCCGUAGACUUCCAAGUGGGAGAGCUGCAGCGCGAAGCUUGGGAGCAGAGCAUGCACCGAGCCAGACCAUUCGACUGUUCUUUGAGGCAAGAGAAACUUCGCUUGAGCUCAGAGGAGAAGGACCAGAAUGGUGGUGCAUGGAGCAAAGUUCCAACAUGGGAUGGCUCACCGCAGACAUGGCGGAGCUUCCAACGGGAGAUGAUGUGGUGGCAGAGCGCUUUGGAUUUGGAGGCGGCACGUUGGCUCCUACGCCAAAGUGGAGUUGUCCGCCAACGUGGUGAGGAAUUUACUCCUCAGGAAUUGGCCUACCAGAAGGAAGUUCGAGGACCUGAUCCUGGAGAUGGACAAGGAGAUGUGGUGCUGACGGCUGAGGACCCCUUGAGUGGACUGAAGAAACGGAUGAAAGCCCUUGAGGGCAUCAAUGGUCGUACUGACCUGGACAAGGAGGGUGAACUUAGGAACCAGUUCUACAUCGACUGCAAGAGGCGUCCAGACCUGAGGACAGAAGGUGUGACGCUGCCCACAGGUGAGGUUGGUUGGCUCUUCAAGCAGAAGCUGGGCCUGGAUGCAUUACGACUUCAACUUUUGGAGACUGCAUUAGCUGGAGCUGAGGGUUAUGAAGAAACUGAACGUGAAGUCUUGAGGCUUUUCAAAGAUGUGCGCUCUCAAGACCCCUUAGCCCGAAAAGUUGCUGAUGGGAACCGAGGUCCACCUUUGCUGAACCGUUUUCUCAACCAAUCCUCAACUGCCAGCAGACCUUCUUCCUAUGCUCCCUCUACGGCAAGUUCUGCUCCUAGGUCUUUCGGAUCUACCUCUUCUGCAGCAUCUCAACGUUCCUCACAGCCUUUUAGGAAGUUUGGAAGCCAUCAGAAGCAAGCCAUGGUUUCUGAAGUGGAAGAAAAAGAGCCGGCGGAAGCUGACGAGCAUGCUGAAGCACUUGCAGCCGAGCUUGAUGACGCUGCUGAGCUCCGCAUUGAUGCCGAGACCUUGCAAGAGGUGGAGGAGUGUCGCAAGCCGGGUGCGAAACUUAGAAGAAAGCCGAAGCAAGUGCAGAUUGCUGAGGCCAUGACCACAGAGCACAAUGUGAGCGAAAGCCCUGCUGCAGAAGAAGAAGCGCAUGAAGUUUUGACAGUUGCCGUCCUGCCCUUGUCCCAAUCUCUGGCGGCUGCUGUCGAAGAGUCGCACAUGAAGCCCAAAGAGGUGAACUUGUCUGCCAUUGGCCUCACAGCGGACAAAAGAUUGGUUGGCGCGUUGGACUCUGCAUGCAACCGCGCCUGCACUGGUCCUGAUUGGCUUCAUGGUUACCUCAAAAGUUUGCAAAAUGACUCUUGCUUCUUGCUGGGAAGAGAUUUUUUGGAAGCAGUUGGAGCAGACAUUUCAUUUUUGCGACUUGAACUGCGAUGUGAACGUUUGGAUGGCCAACCCAUUGCCCUCAAGCAGCUCUCUGCAGGUCACUACCAGCUGCCUUUGGUGCCAACUUCAUGGCCUACCGUAGGGACACACAGAUGGAGGAGAAUGGGUCCUGACGGUGUUGUUGAGUGGCAAAUGGAUGCAAAGAGUUGGUUUGGUCAUUGCAUGAAAGGUUCAAAGGCUCCAAAGGUUUCCAAACAUGACCACAUGCUCACUGAGAAAAGUUUGGAAGUUGGAAAUUUGGUUUGCACGGUGAUGACAGCUACACCGCGGCAACCUGUGGUUCAAGCACCUGACAUGCGUCCCUCUGCUAUGCGAUCUCAUACGAUGACACCUAGCACCACGAGCACUACGACCAGAGAAGCACAGCAUGGACGCAAAAGACCGCCUGCAGCCUCAAAGGUGGAGAAGAAUGGUGAUGUGGCUCAAAGAAAGAGCCAUGUGGGCCGCAAAGGGCGUGCUCCUUUGGCUUUUGCAAAGGCCCUACUUGCGUUGGCUGCCCUUGCCGUAUCCUGCAACGGCCAGUCUGGAGAAGUGGAUGUCCCAGGCUAUCACCCAGGGGAGCGCGUGCACCUUCGCAAUCGCCUUGGACUUCAAGUGGCGUUCUGCGAAGAUCCUCUCCUGGAAGGCAUGUUGGAAGGAGUUGCAAUGAAGGGUAUGACAAAAGGUUUGAAGAAGGCUGCACAAGCCGAAGCUUUGGAAGCGGCCAAACAGGCCGGAAGCACGGAGAAGCGCGAGCAAGAGGCCCGGACGCUCAUUGGGCCGAAAGGAGGUCUUCCAACUUUGAGACGCGACCUUCUGAAGCUUGCCGCACUCUUGAGGGUGGAUAUCGCAGAGGACACGGUGGACACCAUCAAGGAAAAGGUCAAGCCUAUGGUCAACCUGCUGAAGGAGAAGCCCGUGCCAAAACUGACAGCCGUCAAGUCAGCUGCAGAGCCUCGAGGAGCCCAACCAAAGAGCAGCGCCAAGGAAGCGAGUGCUUCGUCGCUUUCAGCAGACGUGCGCCCGAUCUCCAACCUGACGGAGCAGCACGAGGCGCUGAAGGAGAUUGUUGGAAAGAUGGCCCAAGAGAUGCAAGUGCUGAGAAGCCUGCUGCCUGCCGGCGCCAUUGGCAAUCCCAUCGACCUGACCAUGGUGGAUGUGAAAACGGAGCCCUUCGAGAUGUCGGAGGAAGAGAUGGCAGCAGCGAUGGAGGACGUCUAUGCAGAGCGCUUGAUGGCAACCUAUGGAACCAACGAUCCAGAUCAGCUGAUGGCGGACGGAGUGGGGCUGCACGAGAUCAGCACGAAGCCGAUAGACUUCGUACUUCGUGGGGGCCGACGCAUUCAUCAGAACCUUGUGGCCGAGCAUGAAGCUGAGAUGCGAAGCUUUGUCACGGAUGAGAUCUUCGUGCAACCCUUGAACCUCACUCACUCGUCCUAUGCCCUUGCUGAGAACAACGAAAACCAAGCCGUCGCAAAGAAUGUCAAGUUUUCUCAGAAUGCCAAGCCUUUUCAAAAUGCCAAGAUGCCUGCGAAUGACCAGCCUCUACUAAAGAAUGCCAAGCACACAAAGUAUGCCAACAAGCCUUUUCUGACUGAGGUUUACACCACCUCCCAGAACGUCACCAGAGAAGCUGCUCGCAGAGGCCACCGAGUUGGUGAUCCACUCAGCUUGGAGACAGGCUGGAACUUCCUGAUCCCUUCUCACCGUGAACAAGCCCUGCAGAAGAUCAAGACAGAAAAGCCAUAUUGUGUUGUUUUAGCAUUUCCCUGCGGUCCUUUCAGCCCUCUCCAACGUCUCAAUCAGAAGCAUCCUGAACGCCUAGCAGCUCGCCGUGAAGAAGGCCGAGUGCUCAUGGAGUUUGCGUUGGAGGUGGCUAGAUUGCAGAUGAGUGCGGGGAGGCAUUGCAUUUUGGAAAACCCCAGACCCAGCGAAGAAUGGAUUGAACCUUUGAUGCAGAAGUUUUUGGAGGAAAUGGAAAUCUAUGUUUCAAACUUUGACCAGUGCCAAUUCAACCUGCGCAGCCUGGAAGGCAUGUUCCACAAGAAGCCUACCCGAGUUGCAUCUUCGAGCUCAAAGGUCUGCCAAGAACUGCAUGGAUGGAUUUGCAAGCGUGAUCAUGUUCACGCUCCUGUGAUUGGUGGGACUCGAGGUACUGCUCAUGCGGGCAUUUAUCCCAAGCCCCUGGCAUGCGCCAUGGUACGGGGACUCGAGAAACAAUUUGAGUCAGAUUUUGCAUGUCGAGAAGUUUUUGCGUUGGAUGCUGGAGAGGAUGCGGAGGAGGAACUUGCCUUCGAAGGUGCUGGAUUUUCAAACCUUCGAGGCGAUGAUGAUGGCUCUGAUCAAGUCACAAUCCCUGCCAAUGUGCGGGCCGCUGUUUUGCGCUUGCAUCAGAACACUGGACAUCGUUCUGGAAAGCGUUUGGCUCGUGCCCUUGCCAUUGCUGCUUCUUUGCCUAUGCCUCGUGACAUGGGUGACCAAGUUCACAUCGACUUGCUGGAGAUUGAAGAUGUGAAGGAGCAGAAGUUUUUCGUGGCACAUGCAACAGACCAUGCCACGAGAUUUCAACUUGCUGAGGUCCUGCCGGACAAGAGCACCAAGUCUGUUUUGAAGUUUCUCAACCACAAAUGGCUGGCUACUUUUGGACCACCAAGAGUUUUGGUUUGUGACCAAGGCCGUGAGUUCAUUAGCUGGGAGAUGGAAGAAUGGGCAAGCUCUCACACUGUCAUGCUUCACCACAUAGCUGUACAAGCUCCGUGGCAGAACGGCAUUGCAGAGCGAAACUUCACUUCUCCAGACAACUUCGUAGAGCAGAACUUGCCAGGUCUCGCAACCCAACAACCGAAGAAAUUCCUGAACCUGGCAGCAUUUGCUACUUCUAGACCUCUGCGCUACAACAACAAGACAUCAGCCAGCAGAAAGAAGUUGACCUUGAAAAGAUGGCAUGGACCUGCGCUGCUGGUUGCAACUGAAGGCACUUCUUCUGCCUAUCUCUCCUACAAGGGCCAGCUCACCAAGUGCGCUUUGGAGCAUGUGCGCGUUGCGUCAACUAUGGAACAGAUUGCUGCCGACAGCUGGCAUGAAGUAAUCGAUGAAGCCAUUGAAGCGGCACAACACGAUUUGACUUUGCGUGGUGCUGCAAUGGCUGGGGCACCCAAUCCACCUGACGAUGGACUUCGCGAUGGAUUUCGAGGUGAUGGGUUGCAGAAAUCAGUAGAAGCUGCUCCAAAGACUCCAGCAUUUUUGCCUUCCGUGAUGCCUGGAACUCCGACUGCACCUCCACCUACCCUUGGCGAUGACUUGCCACCGGUGCAGCCACAAGAAAAGAAGUUGCUGGAGCUCUUCAACAAGCAGCAUCUGUGCCUAGCUAGCACUGUCUCUGUGGGUGAAGAGCCUGCCUCUGGCUCAAGGAAGCGAUCUUUCAGUGGACCCCCCUUAGGUCGUGGCGUACUUUCCAGCGCCAUUGAGAAAGCACAGCGCAUCAGUGAACCCAGUAGAGUCAAAAGAGCACCUGAAGUGUCAACUGAGACUCUUCAAGCGGGUGGCGAAUCUGAGACACCUGUGCCCGCUUCGGCAGAUGGCCGCCUCUUUGAUUGCAGUGUGGUUUCCAAAGAAGAUGUUUUGGCCAGUUUGGGCGAUCCUAGUGUGCAUCCUUUGGUGAACAGAUAUCAUCAAGCCUGCAUCGAUCGACAGCAACCUCUUGAAAGUCGUGCCGAUGAUCAUGGUUCAUGGGAUGGACGCUGGCCGAUGCCAUCCAGAAGUGAGUGGCUCUUGCAUGAGCGACUUGGCAUCCAAUGGCCCAAGGGUCAAACUGAGCUGGAUGAACAUGAAAGCCUUGCAGUACAAGCGCGCAAGGAGUACUGUUGGAAGUCUAUGGAUGAUGCAGCCAAGAAAGCUUUUCAUGAAGCAGGAAGCCUGGCAGAUCUGGCCAGACAACAAUGCAACAAUGAGAACCACAAGCUCCUCACGCCACGCUAUGUCUUCACAGACAAGAACGAACCCCUGCGCACGAAGAACCAUCCUCUUCCUCUACGAGCCCGAGCUCGCAUUGCGGUCCCUGGAUUUAACGACUUGCUGGCUUACACUCAGAAAAGAUGCUCCUAUGGGAUCCAGGGUGACUACAAUGUGAAGAAGAUGGGCAGACGCCGUGCAUGGAGGUUGAUGGCGGCUGACAUCAAAUCGGCAUUCAUGAAAGGAGAGUUCUUUGAUGACGAUCGCGAGCUGUACGUGGAGAACGUUCGCAAUCCUCAAGAACCUCAACUGCCAUUUCCUGGUUUGGUGCGAAUCAGGAAAGGCGUCUUUGGACUUAGCGACGCUCCACGAAUGUGGUAUCUCCGCCUCAACAAAGCCUUACUGGCACAAGGCUGGGAACGCAGCCACAUGGACUUUGCUUGCUGGCUGUUAUGGUCUGAAGACCGCACCUACCUGGAAGGGAUCAUCAUAUACCAUGUCGACGACCUCUUGCUUGGAGGAACAAUCGUCGCGCAGCAGAAGAUGCUUGAGCUUGGCAAGGAGCUUGGUUUUGGAUCUGUUUCCUAUGACAGCUUCACCUACUGUGGAAAGAAGAUUGAACAGCUGGAGGAUGGAACCUUUCAGAUCUCCAUGAAGGAGUACCACGAGAAUUUGAAGACAGUUGCAAUCCCUGUUCACCGCAGAUCGCAACCUGAUUCUCCUUUGACUGAACCUGAACGUCGACAACUACGUGCCCUCCUUGGAUCUAUGCAAUGGCUGGUUGCGCAACUACGUUUUGACAUGGGCUACUUGUUGUCAACCCUUCCGGGAGAAGCUCCAUUGAAGACCUUGCAGAAGGCCAACCUCCUGGUGAAACAGUUCAAGCAGCACCCUGAACUUGCCCUCACCUUCAAACCUUUGUGCUUGGAGAACGCGGGCAUCAUGGUUGUAACAGACGCCUCGCUUGGCAAUGUUACGAAGCUGGGUGGAGCCGAAGGAAGCCUGAUGGAGAAGGUCUACAGCCAGAGAGUGCAUACUUUGUUUUGCUGGCUGACCGAGAUCUACUUUCUGGCAAAGAAGUUGCAAGGAACCGAAGAAGCUGCAGAUGUCGGAAUUUUCUGCCGUGGUCUCUUUGCCAACUUCCUGGGCUAUCCUAUGAAUCAGCGACGUGCCCUGGAUGCUAUCUGCGCGAUCCCUCUGGCUUUGGUGACUGAUGCCAAAGAUGUUUACGACAAGGGAACGUCGGACACACCGACGUAUGGAGCUCAGAAAUCCCUGGCAUUUACAGUGGCAUGGUUGCGCGAUGUUCUGGCACAACCCAACACCAUGUUGAAAUGGACGGCCACCGAAAACAUGUUCGUGGACUGUGACACGAAAGAUAUGGAUCGUGAUCACAUGCACCGAAUUUUGAAGAGCGGACGUUGGAGCGUGGUCUACAACCAGGACUUCGUGAAGCAGAAGACGAGCAAGCGCUCUACGAAAGCUGCUGCUGGCGCCUUGCAGAUGAGCCUGAGCGGAGAACCUUUGGGUGAAAAGUCACCUAUUUUUCCGUUCUUGGCUCAAUUGAGUGCAAGCCCAGGUUGGCACCACAGACAAGGUGUGGUGAUCAAUGUAGCUAGAAAUGCCAGAUCCUUUAGGACUCCAACAGCGCGUUUCAAUUCCAAGGACUACCCAUUGCGUACGACAUAUGGUCGAUUUGACAUGCCUGACGGCCGAUCGCAGUGGAGACUCUUGGAAGAAUUUGAAAGGUAUGAGGAUGUACAGAACCCUCAUGCUUUACUUAGCUGUGCGGCAGCCAUAUUGAUCUCUGUGUUCAGGAGUUCUCUUGCCAAAGAAGAAUAUGAUCAGCUGAAGAAUCCUGCCAUUGCCAAGGAACAUUCACCUGAACACUCACUUCACCUGCCGCUGCCAUUUUGUAUCAAUGCCCAUUUCAGGCCUUACGCCAAAUACGCUACGCAAUGGCUGCGGGAAAAAGCUUGCUGCGUGAACUGCCUGCGAGAGUUCACAUCAAUGAUAAAGGAUGUAACAGACGAGUCCCACCAGAAUGAGGCCGAACCCUUGCUCCUUGCCCACGAGUCUUGA